GAUCCAUAAUGGGUUUAUCAGUACUUUAUAAAUGAUAAAUUAAAAAAGUUUGUCAGGUACUCUGAAUUCUCUGGAUCAUUUGAUCACUUAUAAUUAGCCUGCGAUGGGGUCUCAUGUAUCUAUCUGCGGUUUUUCAAAACGUGCACUUUCUAAUGUUUCAGAAUUUGUAUAUGAUGUUUUAGUUUAGUUUGCUGAAUACAUUUUUUAUCUGUACAUGUAGGUAUAAUAUAAAGUUAUAGAUAAACAUAUAUUUAAUUUAACCAAAUUGCAUACCUUACUGAUGGAUUUAUAUUUCAAACCUAACCAUCUUGUUUUGUUUUGUCUGUUGCAGAGCCUCCCUCGCGAAGAUGACAUAACAACUAUUAUGUAGCUACGGGGCCGGGCGAUAGCAAUGCGGGCUAGCUCGGCCAAGCCGAAGGAGCCCGCCCGGCACACCCGCUCCGGCGCCGCAGGGAAGAAGGUUGCCCCCGGCUUGCGACCCAAGAGGUCCGCAGCCAAACCCAAGCCUAAGGCACCUCCUAAGAAAAAUGAAACUAAGAAGGCUACAUGCACGCCAAACAUUACCAACGCAAAAACAAAUACGACCAAACCGAAACCGGCCGCUAAGAAAGUCGUGAAGAAAGAACAGCUUGAUCACGCCCACGACGAAAUUAAAAGCGAGCCGGUGGAGGUCGUGAUCAGCGUAAAAAAUCCACGCAGAAAGACCGAACCGGCUAAAAUGGGCGUGACCUCAGGAAAAGUAGGGAAGAGGAAAGGAAAACACAAGGACAAAAUUAAAAAAGAAGUGCUCAAAAAAAUAUCUUCCAAAUCGGAUGAGAAACUGGAAGAUCUCGUAAAUACGAUAGUAGAAGUAGCUGUUAAGAAAGUUGUCCCUAAAAAAGAAAUAAAAACUGAAAUAAAAACUAAAGAAAAACCCAAAAAAGACCAGAAAAAGAAGACAGAAAACAAAAAGGAAAAAGAGGAAAAAAUUAAAAAUGUGGACCAAGUUAAGAAAGAAAAAGAAGAACCGUGUAAGAAAGAUUCCGAGAAAAAAACGAAAGAAAAUAAGAAAGAAAUGAAACAAGAAAAGAAAUCUAAAGAAACUGUGAAAGUUGUUACGGAGAUCAAAGAAGAAAAUAAAAAAGAAGUGAAAUCAAAAGAAGAAAAGAAUAAGGAAGAUAAAAAAGAAGAGGCUAAAGAAGCAGCAAAGUCAGACAAAACUAUUAAAAAGGAAAAAGAUGUAACAGAAGAAAAAGAAAAGAAGAAAGUUGGGAAGCAGAAGAGUAAGCCGAAAGAAAAGAAGGAAGCUCAAAAAUCACAGGCUUCCGUACAACCGAAGGAAGAUUCAGCAAGUGACAAAAAGAAUACUAAAACUAGAGUCAAAUUUGAAAAAGUGAGCCCGGUCACUAUUAAGGAUGAAGACGUCUCCGUUGAAGAAACAGAACCUCCGGAACCAGUGGCUAAGCCUUCGAAAUCUAAAAAGCCGCUUCCUAAGCCGAAGCAGCGGAAGCUAGUUAAAAAGAAGACGACACCUAGAAAGAGUGCCAUUUCCUUUCUUGGAAACAAAGAUUGUCCUAUCAUUGAGAAACGGCAUCGCGAGGCUUCCUUGAAUGCAUUAGCGAAAGUUCAUUGCCUGUAUGAGAACGAAAGUAGGGGCGCAAUGAAUGAAAUGUUAGACAAGACUAUACUUAAGAAGAAGCAAGAUAUCAAAGUGGAGAAAGUGGAAGUGGAAGAUACUGCUGAAGAAGAUGAUGAACCGAAUGUGGAAGUCGAAGAAGAAAAACCUUCUAGAAAUUUGAGAUCUGCUCCGGGAAUGAGAGGUGUAGGUCGCCAUUGGGACAUCCUCAACGCUUCCUCCACAUCGUCCAGUGAGGCAGAGGACACAGUUUCUGAGAAGCAGGAAGAAGAGGAGGAACCUAAAGAGGAAGAGAAACCUGUGGAGAAGAAGACUAGAAAGAGGCGAAAACGCUGCGAAUUGAUGAUGGACUUGAAAGAUAUGGUCGUUAGGAAGAGGAUGGCCAGCCUUAACGCUUCGGCAAUGAUGGCGGCAUCUUACUCGGUCGAGAAGAGAUCGAAAUCUAACGACGAUGGGGGAUAUAGCAUGUCCUCGGACGACUCGACGAGCAGCGCGGUCGCGGAUAGUAGUGACGACGAAGUUACAGUCGUAAGCGGUAGUAGUAAGAAAGUAGCCGUCAUCGUGAACCAGGAUACCGACGUGACGAUCACGGGGUUGUACACGACGCGUUCGACGCGGCACGAGGGUUACUGCAGCAUCGCCGGCAUGCAAUACCGCAUCUCCUCCACGAGCCACACUCAGACCGAGGCCACUGCCGUUUCUACCGAAACUGUCAUACACACCACGGACCAUGUCUCCGUCAGUCACUCGGAAAGUGGCGGUAGCGUUGACGCGGGAGGUACAUCCUCCCCCGGUGGUAGCUGCAAGUCGUACACCCCGCUUGGGGCCCUGUCUUCCAUGCAGCCCCCGGGCCAAGGAAGGCCUUGUGGCUCCUCUGCAUUCUCGGCUCCGCCCUACCACCCUCACCCCCAGGAAUUGCACGGUAAGUUGCAGACUUUUUUACACUGCAUAAUUUUAACACAGUGAGUUGUUCUAAUAGCCAUUAAAUUGCAUUUCAUAAUUUAAUUUUAAUUUAUUACGUUAGAGUGCUACCAUUGGGUAGUUACUUCAGCAAGUGUAUUCAUGUCAUUAUAUCUAUUAUGUCCAAAUUUACUUGAUGUAUUUAUGUAAUACAGUUGUAAAUGUCAUUAAGAAAUAAAAAAAAAAAUUAUUACGAAUUUCACUGUUAUUUUUGGAGAGAAAUAGUUGCACAACUAGACCUAAUCUUAGAAUAAAGACAAAUUUACAUAGACUAUACACACAUUCUAAGCAUCAAUAAUCAACAUAAAACUUGUAAUUGAAAUAAUCCGAUUUACCACAUUUUAUGUUCUGCAAGACCUUGCAGCAUUCAAACUUCUUAAGCCCUAACUGAAAAAAAAAGAAGUUUAAAACAUACUAUUGCUAUAAAUUAUAGUGAUAUUCGCUUUCCUCUAAACUUGGAUAUUAUAUAUACAGGAUUUAGUUCUGUAACAUAUAAAGUUGAGACUUCGGAACGAUAGCUAAGCAACUAUGUUGAGUAAAUAAGUAAAAUGAUUUAAGGAAUUACUUAUUUCCCACCAUCUUACGGCAAUCUAUUAGCAGAGCAGUCUCUGGAAUGAAUAUUUCUAUUGUUGAGAAAUGCAGAGGUUAAGUUUAAACUCAUUAUUUAAAAAUAUUGCUUAAACAUUUUACUUCAAAAUAUAUAUUGUUAAUAUAGUUAAAAAUAUAUAUAGCCUCGUGGCAAAGGUUUGCAGAGUGUUCAAUAAUCCUUAUUGGCCUGGUUGUGUGGCCGCCACUCAAUGCGGAUUAUCAAACACUUUGGCAAAUGUUUGCCAUGAGCGUCGACGAACCUUUAACCAUAUUUGUUGACCAUGCCUCUGUAUUUGUUGAAUUAAGGAUACCGCUACAAUAAAUAAAAUUCAUCAGCAUUUAUUAAAUUGGUUGAAAUUGAAUUUUAUAUCUAAAAAUGAGAGAAAAUAAAACUUUUUUGUUACAUAAAUAAAUAAAACGGACUAAUAAGAUAUUUUCUUUUGCAUUCAUUUUAAAUAAAUUAUAUAACGUAUAUUUCAAUUAGAGUUUUGUGUUAGAUUAUUUCCUUUGAACUGUAUCAAAAGUUGUCAGUGUAUGGAUUGCGUUUUCUAUCCGUUUCGGAACUAAAAGAUAAGAAGAAAAAAAAGAAAUGACGGAGCUCUGCUGCUCAUGACAACCAAUUUACCAUUUGUUAUAAAAUAAUAUACAAAACGCCCUAAACAUUAUCAUUGAUGGUUUGAUAAAAAUUAAAUUAAUUGAAUCAUAAGGGUGAUUACAAAAAAAAAAUGAAUCAUAUUCAAACAUCUUCCAAAUUUUCAUGUGGCUUCCUGGGAUCAUAAAGAACUAUAGGCAAUGCAAGAUAGAGCUCCACUAUUUUUUCUCAAAGUUGAUUGUGAUGAGGCGGUCAUGGGGACCUCUGGUAGGAAUGAGAAUUUCUUGCAGUGAUCAGAAUAGAAAGUAAAUAAAUAAAACAACUAGAUCGAAAAGUAGAAUUAUAAUAAAAUUUAUUAUAAGUACACUUUUUAGGUAAUGGUUAUCACAAAAUACAAUCACAAGUUCAACGAACAAAAUUUUUAUGGGACAUUGGCAAUAAAAUUAAAUAACCUUAGUCAAAUAUCUCUCAGAGGUAUAUUGUUUGUUGAGUUCUAAACAUCUUUUAUAUAUCUCUAAUAUAAAAAAUCAUGACGUAACAUAGUUUAAUUUAAAGUUUGCGAACUUGCCAACGCUAAUUGGAUAGGCGAAUAUACAAAAAAGCAGGCGCUCUUGCUAAGGCCUUGAUUUAAAGGCACAACCGUAAAAUUAUAAAAAAUUAAUAAAAUAAAAUUGCGAAAGAAUGAUUGCGUAUGUUAUACCUACCUAAGUAUCGCCUUUCUUGUAGGUCCUCGAACGGAAAAUAUCGGAAAUAUAGGAUUUUUGAGUAACAAACUUAUUACCCACAUCAGUUAUUCAUAUUACCGAUAGGGCAUAGUACGGCCUUUUAAAGUUUUACAAGCUUUUCCCAUGAAAAUAAGUUUUCCAAAUUCUCAUAUAAGAGUUUUAAGCAAAAUUUAUUUCGUUACAGAUGGUAGCAAUUAUAAUCGAAACUUUAAGACUACAGCGUAACGAUCGUUAUUAAAAAAAAAAUUAUAGGUAGACGGCAAUAGGAAAAAUAAAAUAAAAAUAAUAUCUACAUACAACUCGUCCAAUUAGAAUAAUUACUCGAAUUACACUACGAUUAAGUUUUUUUCUAGAAUCGCUCAUAAAAAGGAUUUAAAAUAUAUUUUUUCUGAAAAUUUGCAACAAAAAAAAAUAUAUAUCUAAAAAUAUAUACACCAUUUAGAAAUAAAAAAAAAACGCCCUUGCAGGAUUUUCAAAUUCUCCUAUUUAUUCUAUUUUUAUGUAUGGUACUAUGAA